AUGGAAAAGAAGGAACUUAUGGAAAAUGACCUCGAAUGUUCCUGUGAAAUACGAAUCAAAGUUCUCAGCCGAGAGGGUGGAGGGAAGGGCACCCAUAGGAGGUGGGGGGGGGGAGAAACAGUGUCGAACCGUCAUUUCCGGUUCCUGGUCCUCGCCAUACCCCGGGUUUGGGCUUGCUCGCGGCUAGGGGCCUCACUUUUUCCUCUGUGCCCCUUCCCCCCCAGUGAUGUCCGCGCACCUGGUGGGGCAGCACAGUGCCCAGGGCGCUGCCCCCAGAGCAGGUUUCAGAUCUCUCAGCUGGUUGUGAUAUUUCUGAUGGAGCAAAGGGAAGAGUUGUUGGUACCAAAUCUUGAGAGCUCCAAGGAGAAAGAGAUUUUGAGAAACUCUUAUACAGAGAGUAAGAACAAUUUGGAAACUCUUGACCAGAAGUACCCUAAGGAUGAGGAACCUAAAGACAUAUCAUCAGAGUGGUCUGAGAAAGAUGUUCUCCCAAACAUAGAACAUGAGGAUACUAAAGAAAUUCCAUUAGGAAGGAACAAAGGGGUCAGGUUCUGGAGUCUUGAGUGGAAAAAUACUCAUGAAAAUAACUGCAAGACAGAAACUCAGUGGGGGAAACCUAUAGGAAAAGAACAAAGUAAAUCUCUUUCCUGGGAAUGGAGCUCCAGAAAAAACACUGACAUUACUAUCCAUCAGACACUACCCAAAAGAGAAAAAUUCCACAAAUGUCUUGAAUGUCAGAAGAGCUUCAAUAAUAGUUCUCACCUUCGAACUCAUCAAAGGACUCACACAGGAGAAAAGCCUUAUAAAUGUUCAGAGUGUGAGAAAUGCUUUAGUAACAGCUCCCAUUUGAUUCAGCAUCAGAGAACUCACACAGGGGAGAAGCCCUAUCAAUGUAAUGAGUGUGGGAAAAGCUUUAGCAAUACCUCACACCUUAUUAUCCAUGAGAGGACACACACAGGAGAGAGGCCCUAUAAGUGUCCAGAAUGUGGGAAGAGUUUCAGUAGCAGCUCACAUCUUAUUCAGCAUCACAGAUCUCAUACAGGAGAGAAGCCUUAUGAAUGUCCUUUGUGUGGGAAAUGCUUCAGUCACAGCUAUGUCUUAAUUGAGCAUCGAAGGACCCACACAGGAGAAAAGCCCUAUAAAUGUCUUGACUGUGGGAAAAGAUUUAGUCAGAGUUCCAGUCUUAUUCGCCAUCAGCGCACACAUACUGGUGAGAAACCCUACAAAUGUCUUGAGUGUGGAAAAAGCUUUGGUUGUAACUCUACCCUCAUAAAGCAUCAAAGAAUUCACACAGGAGAAAAACCAUAUAAAUGCCCAGAAUGUGGGAAGAAUUUUAGCCGUAGCUCAAACCUUAUUACACACCAAAAAACACACAUGGGAAAGAGAUCCUAUGAGAGUACAGGAUUUGGAGUAAAUGUGAAUCACAGUUGUAACCAAGUAGAAGGCCAGAGGACUCAGCCAGGAGAGAAACCAUAUAAGUGUGGUGAGUGUGGGAAAAGUUUCAAUCUUAGUUCACACCUUAUUAGACACCAGAGAACACACACAGGAGAAAAACCCUAUAGAUGUCCUGAGUGUUGGAAAACUUUCAGUCAAAGCUCCACACUGGUGAUCCACCAGAGAAUUCAUACAGGAGAGAAACCAUAUAAAUGUCCUGACUGUGGGGAAGAUUUCAGUCAAAGUUUUAACCUUAUCAGGCAUCGAAGGACCCAUAUAGGAGAAAAACCUUAUAAAUGUACUGACUGUGAGAAAUCUUUCAGUCGUAGUGCCUACCUCAGUGAGCAUCAGAAGAGACACAUAAGAGAAAAGCUCUUUCAGUUCCCUGAAGUUGAGGAAAAUUUUACUUAUGAAUGGACCUAGAAAAGCUAUGGGUGGAGAGGGGUGGGAUAUAUGAACUUCAUCUAAUCAUCUCCAAUUCCCAAAUCUGUUGCCUCAUGAGAGGUAGUGUCUUGUAAACUUUUCCUUUUAUUGAACCAUCACAAUUAAGGUCUUCUAAAAAUCAAUUUACUGUUGAAUUUCUUUGGCUUUUCAUCAAUACCUCUGGAAGAGACAGCUAAGGCCACUCUGCUUAGAAGAUGCAAACACUCAAACCAAACAGAUCAUACAUCUUCCCAGUGAAAAACAGCACCAACUCUAUGGCCCAUUCAGAAGAGUCCCCAUCUUCGAAGAUGAAUAAAAAUGCCUUUACCCACCCUCUGCUGCCUGAUUGGAUUCUCUGAGCUGAAAAGUGGGUUAAGAAAGGACCUGUGGAAGAUAGCGGAGGAAAGGCAGUGAGCUCCCGAACUCAUGACAUGAUCGCUCCAAAAAACAUCCAAAUAAUGCCAUAGGAAAAACAGCACCAAAGAUGGAAAGAAAACAUUUUUUUUUUAAUUUAAGGUGCAGGCACACUGUUAUUUGUCCCAGAUGGCUUGCUGAUAAAGUGAUUCUGCUGAAGGACAUUGAGGUUCCUUGGCUUUUUGUGGGGGAAGGUACUGAGGCAAAAAACAAUGAUUUAAACUUGAGCAGUCUUGUUCCUUGAAAAUUAACUCUUGUAGAGUAUGACACAAAUUGAAACCAUAAGUGAGCCCUAGGUAAAUCUCAUUUGACGAGUAAAGAUUUGUCACAAGGAUGUAGGAUAUCUCAAACUAAGGGUUUUUGUUCUCUUCUGGAUCAAACAGUUUAGAGCAGCGGUGAGAGUGUUGGAGAAGAAUAGAUUUUGAGGCAAGAUAUUCCAGGGCAUUUUUAGUCAAUUUGGUUAAUUGAACCUGUUGAAAUUCACUUGCCACUAUGCCCAGACAUCCCUACCUUAAAAGAAGCUCUAUUAGAAGCCAGGGCUCCUGAAUUCUGUUCUUGUAAACUAAGUAAUUAGUCUUUUCUCAUCUGUGUGCUUUGGUUUUCCUAUUAUGUACGUAUUCACUGAAAUUGGGAACUAGGUUCUUGUAGCUAGAUCAAUGACAGUGUCAAAUGGACACAAUUCCAUAAGUAUAGGAGUAAGUAUUACUUGGGUCAGGUCCUAAUAGUGCUUUUAUCUUUGGUUUUCCUAGGGAAGAGACAGAGAGCCUAAUAUUUUCCCAUAUCCCUCCCUGUCCUAAAUAGGGACUUUGUAGACAGUAUUAACUGUCUUUCCUAAAUCCUUGCUCAUCUGUUGCAAAUGAGUAAAAGAGAAAUAUAGGUGAGGGAGCUCCCAAAUAUAUUUAAAAGGGAUUGAGGUGGAAAUCUAAAAUCUGGCAGAAGGGAAUUCAACUGUAGCAUCCCCAGAGAAACCACUCCUUUUGCCGUGUUGCACCUGUCCCAUGGGGGCAACUGAGUUGCAUUUGGAAUGAUUGCACCCUCCCCCCUCACUGAGAUGCAAUCGAUACUGAGUGGUAACUGAAUUGUGAUUUUUUUAUUGUUAAAUGAUGAAAGCCAUAGCAAAACCCAGUCAAAUAAAGAUAUUUAAGAUGUGUUUCUUUUUGUUAAAUUUGUUGCCUUGCAGGGGAUGGGGAAGUAUUGGUAGAAAUGAACGAUCUCCUCAGUUCCCAUGAUCUACUCCUUCCCUCAUGGCUUCACACAUGGCUGUUCAGACGCAUUACUCACAAGUCCAACCCCAUUUAUGAUCAAGAAUUCCAAAAUUCCUUUAUUUAAUCAUAACCUGCUAUACCUUUUCCCAUGUACCACCCCUAGUAAAUCUAUUAUUUGACCUUAGAUGACCUCUAGUCUCUUCACUUCCCAGUACCCUUCCAAACUAUGACCCCUGUUUUGGAUUCACUUUCCUUACUUCCCAUUUAACCUAUAAUUAAGCACUUCAACAUUAUUGUGUCUUCUCCUCUUGAAUCCAUUUCUACUUUGUUCUAGUGCUAAUCGUGCUUUGUCAAACUGCAACCCCGGUUUACUUCUGCCAUCCCUCUUCUCUGAUCUUAUAUUGGAAGUGAUAUAACCAUGCUGAUUAAUCCAUUAUAAGCCUAUUUUUUUUUAUUUCAACUGGGUCCUCACUGAAGCAAUAUAAUUUUUUUACUCCUCCCCCAUUGAUUCUCUGUCAUUUUAUACUGUCAUCUCAAACUUUUCCUUCUCUCAAGUCUCUAGUACCACUUUUCUUCCUACCAUCUCAGGGAAAGAGAUCAGACCUCAUAUUUUACUGAGAAAAUAGUGCUAUCAGAUUGGCUAAUAUGACAGAAAAGGAAAAUUAUAUAUAUGUUGGAGGGGAUGUGGGAAAAUUGGGACACUAAUGUACUAUUUGGUAGAGUUGUGAAUUGAUCCAACCAUUCUGGAGAACAAUUUGGAAGUAUGCCCAAAGGGCUAUAAAACACUGCUUACUACUAGUCUGUACCCCAAAGAUUUUUUUUAAAAGGUAGGGAGAGACCUAUUUGUACAAAAAUGUAACAGCUCUUUUUAUGAUGGCAAUAUAUAAUUCUCCUCUACUGAACCUAUUUUAUAAUAUAUCAAGGUACAUUUGUUUUCUGUGAAGACUCAAAGCUUUCAGAAGAUAGAAACCCAAGGGACAUAUUUUUUAGUGGGGGUUUAGGGAUGGUGACUCUACAAUGAAAAAAAAAUUGCCUGGGAUAGAGAAAUGCUUAGUCCUAACUCUAAGAGUGAAACAGUUGAACUAAGAUCCUAGCUGAUGGAUUUAGAACUGGAAAGAACCUUAGAGAACAUGGAUCAACUGAGGCCCAGGGAGGUAAAGGUAAUGCUGGUAACAAGUGACAGUUGAUAUUUGAAUGCAAUGUAAAAAGAAAUGAGAUAUAAUUUUUUUUAAUGUUUUUUAUUCAUACCAGGAAGGCAUAAUGACCUGUGCAAGAGUAGGGAUAAAGAGUAGAGGACAGAGGCAAGAAAUGUUGCAAAAAUGAAAUCCAUACUUGGUAAAUGAUUAGAUAGGAAAGGUGAGGGAGAAAGAAGAAUUAAUGAUAACCCCAGGUUAAUAAACAUGGGAGAUAGUUUGAUCUGAAGCCAGACAGUUGCUUCAAGGUAAAGAAAGCUCAUAGCUUCCCACUGUAAUAAAUUACCACCACUGCCCAACAUGUACAAGGGCAUGUACAUAAAUAUACAUACACAUAUACGUGUAUACAUGUGCACAUGGCUUUAAGAGUCCAUCUGUACAUUCUACUGCUAGUAUUCAGAAGUUAACCCUUGGUAUUUGUGUUGUAAUCAUUGUACAAAUAGCAGGCCUAAGUUAUAACAUUGGUAUUAUGUACUGUAUAUGAUUUGGGGUGCUUUUCAGGUUCAGAUUCCUGUGUGAUUUGAGGGUAUGUUCAGAGUGUUCAGGAGCAAAUCCCUAGAGAGCUUGCAACUAUGAAUAGAGUAGCUACUGGUACUGGGCAAUGAGUGGUGUACUCUUCUGCUGCUUUGACCCUUAAUACUGAAUGUACUCUGGGUUCCAACACUGAUUCUCAUGGAGAGUGAUCAGCUUUGAGGGACUAGAAAUACAAAUCCCUGGCAUAUAUAAUAUCUGGUUGGCACAGUUCUGAAUCUCCAGUGGUUUCUGCUUGGGAAAAGAGCAUGUCAAAGGGAGGAAAAGAUUCUUAAAGGAAUGGUAAACUCAAUGCGAACAGUUUCAGUUUGAGGUGCCAGAAAAUAUCCUGUUCUGAGGUGUCCCAUGGGACAUGUGAGUCUAGAUGUGAGAAGAGAGGCCAGGAAUGGAUAUAAUAGACAUGUGAAUCAUCUGUAGAGAGGUGGUGGUUAAAUCCACAUUGGAAUGAAUGAGAUUGUCUAGGGAAAUUAUAUAGAAAAUAAAGGGAGGAUAACAUAGAAUUAGAUAGACCUCUGAGUCACCUAUAUUAAGAGGUUCAGAAGAGAAGAGGGGCAGCUAGGUGGUGCAGCUAGCAUGCUGGAGUCAAGAAGACUCAUCUUCCUGAGUCAAAUAUAGCCUUAGAGACUAACUAGCUGUGUGA